UCUAUAACUUAGUCAUAAUUAAAAUAUUUCUAGUCAAAAAGAAACAAAACUUCAGUUACCUAAGAGUGACAGACUAUAAGCAAAUUUAACUUGAAAAACUGUCGCUUUUCAACUGUGUAGUGUUUGGUAGAAGUACAUUACCAUCUUCCUAAAAAUUAUAGUCUUAAAUUACCCAAGACCUAUUACCCUGAGCAAAGUUUUUCUUUUUCUUUUUUCUUUUUUUGAAUAAGUAAUUUUAUAUUAUUUCAGUUUUGAAACUCAUUCCCAGAUCUGGUUGAUGUUCAGCCUGCAGGUCUAACACAUAUUUCCUUUAGAUUUCACAUGAUAAAAUUUAUUGAGAGAAUGAAAGCUUGAGGAAAACCUGUUUGUUCCUGUUAUCUGAUAAGAAUGAUCUUUUUUGAAAAUGUUAACUGAAUGGUGGACCCAUCUUAGUUUAAUAGCAUUUUUCAACAGCUCUUUUUUCUUGAUAUUGCAAUGAUAUGAUUUAAAUAUCCCAGAAUAUCACUGUACUGCUCAAAAUAGCUACAAAGUUAGUAUUUCUCUUGAUUUGUUUUCUUGAGACAGGGUGGUUACUUAGUAAUAAUACUUCUAACAUGUAUAACAUAAUAUUGGAUUCUUAAGUGUCCACUUCUCUUGUUCCACUGAAAGACAAUCCCAGCUCUUCAGAGUGGGUCCUUCACUGGUCUUCAUUGUGCUCCCUCCUUGCAGCUGACAUGACUUGCUACUUCACAGGAAAUGGGAGUCCAUCACUUUCCUAUGUUAUCCAUCCCAUUUUCCACCCUCAUGUACAACUCCCUUCUCUAAUCUUAGUUUGGCUAUAGGAUAUGGUACAAUAAGAUUCAUUUAAUCAUUCAUUGGACAAAGUACUUUGCAAACAAUCUCAUUUAAUUUUCACAACAUCCCUGUGAGGUGAUUACUGUUUUAAUCUGCUUUUGAAGAUGAUGAAACUGGGACUUGGAAAGGUUAUCAAAGACAGUAGUUUAUACUUUUUGGUUUGCAUCUCAUCUGUGCCACUUAUUAACUGGACAACCUUAGACAAGUUUAUUUUCCUGUGUCUCUUUCAUCAUUGGCAAAACAAGGGAUAAUAGCAUAAUUAUGCCUAGUUUGUAAAAUUGUGAUAAGAGAAAUCAAUAAAAAUGACACAUUGUAGGAUAUGAAAUAAUUUAGGUUCUACAGACUUGAAUCCAAUUUCCAUCUUUGAUACUUUCUACCAGCCCAACACUGUCAUUUCUACUUCCUACUAAACAUCUCAUAUCCUGGUAUUGUUUUACAACCCCAUAGCAGUUUUCAGUUCAAACAAUUUUAUCUCUUAUGAAAUAGUUCAUUGGCUUUGUAAAUUAUCCCCCUGUGUUGGGUUUCUUUUCUAAUUUGGCUUCCCAUUGGUGCCAUAAUUAUGGUUUUAGUUGCCUUCAAAAAUAAGAAAAAGCAAACUUGCAAAACAUGAAUACUUUGUCACAGUGUUUACUUAUUCUUCUUCUCUAGCCUUAUCUUUCAUCCUUGCCACUCUGAUCCAUGCCCCUUAUACCUCACUGUAAAACUGCGAAGCAUAGUGUUUUGUAUAAUACUUCCUACCUCUACCCUGUUUUUGACUGACUAGAACUUUAUUGAUCAUCUUUCAAAGAUCAUCUCUUAUUGGUCUUCUCUAUGAAACUUUUUUGUUCCCUUUAUUCUCUCUCCCCUAUGCCAACACAUAAUUCAGAUUUGUUCACAGUUUUAAUAUUUAAUUCCUUGAAGAGCUCUAACUUAUUCACUUCUAUGACCCCAACUCUGGGUACUUAAAAGGGGAUAGAAACAAUGAUAAACAAGUAAAGCCAUUUAACAAGUGAAAAGGAACAUUUAUGAAUACAUAAGUUAUCCUAAGUUGUCUAUCCCACAGGUAUUUAUAAUGUUAAAAAGUGUCUUUGCCAAUGGAACUUUAAUUAACUAGUGAGGGACUGAGCAAAAGAAAUACCACAACCAAACUUUACUUGAUUAAGUUUAGAACAAACGCUUUAUAGCAAAAGCAAAUGUAGAUCUUCUGCACUACAAAUAUUUGAAUAAGAACUGCAUAGACUUGUGUAUCUUUAUUUCCAUUGUUUCCAGUAUGCAGAACUUACUUAUGACCAUCUCUUACCAUCCUGUAAACAUCACCAUGGACUUUCUUGGCUCAUUGCUUAGGUGCCCAGUUUGUUAUGCUCUGACUCUUUGACCUGAACUGCUAUUUUGUGAUAGUCUUGAACAUCCUCCUUACCAAGGUGGCUGACUGAGAGUACUGCGUUCUCAUCCUUUUUUCACUUCUAUAUCAUAUUACAGCAUUCUAGAAAUUUCCUCCUUUAUUGACUUCCAUGAGAUCAUGCUUUAUGUUUUUAGUUUGUGAAAGUAUGAUAUUAAAAAUUUCAAAUUCUUAAUUGUACUAUUCUUUAUCACCAAUUCUGUGACCAUUUCUAAAUUCCUUAUUUUGGCUCUGUGGUUGACUCCUGAGCCUACAUAUCUUAUCUACCCACAUAUUUGCAUUUCAUUUCCUGUACUUAUAAGGUUAUAACCAGGCAGAUCUGCUCUAUCACUUCAGACUCAACUGUUAAAUAUCAAGUUCAUGAAGUUUCUUCUAAACUAUUUAUUUUCCUGUUUCCAAUGAUUAUUAUUACUCCUUUAUUUCCCCUUCCUACAGGAAUUCACUGAUAAUAUUUGCUUAUUUUCCACAGUGAAGCUUACAAAAACUGAAUUCAAUUUCUCUUUUUAUCCUCGAUCUUUUAUAAUUGCCCUUUCCUAAAUGGUGGUUUUGUUUUGUUUGUUUGAUUGGUUGGUUGGUUCAUUUGGUUUGGGUUUUUUCUGUCUUCAUUCACUUUGAUUCACUUUUUCCCUUUAUCCCAGUGUUGGUCAGUUUUUCAUUACUGUGGUCAGAAUACCUGACCAGAAUAACUUAGAAAAAGCAAAGUUUAUUUCAGUUCACAGUUUGAGAGGAUUCAAUUUGUAUUCACCCUGCUGGCUCCAUUCCUUUGGGCCCAAGGUAUCACGGAACAUCAUGGCAGGAGGGCAACAAAGAGAGAAAGAGAAUGUGUGGAAGAAGGCACCAGGGAUAAUAUAUAAACCACAAAAGCAUACCUCCAGUGACCAACUUCCUCCAGCCAUACCUUACCUGUCUAUAAUCACCAUCUCAUAGUCCCUUCAAAUUAUUAAUUCAGCAAAUGGAUUAAUCCACAAAUGAGGUCCAAGCCCUAAGCACUGACUAAAAGUCUUACCUCUGAACCCAACUACAUGGGGGAUCACACUUUCAAAUCUUGAGCUUUUGUGGGGGCACAUUCCAGAUCCACAUCAUAACAUGCAGGUUCAUGGUUGUACCAGCAGCACUUUGUGCAUAGUGAUUUGACCAAGUCUGUGCAAAGGGAAAAUGAGAAGGGUGGGCUUCAACUUUUUUCUCAGUUGCUUUUCUCAAUGCUUCCUUAAUUUAUGCGCACUAUUUUUCUUUCUGCUGAUAUAAAAGAUGAUACCCUAAAGCAAAUUGGGGAACCACAUCAAUAGGUUGGUUCAGGUACCCAAAAAUUUCUAAGACAAAGAAGAAAAUUAUUCCUCCACCUUGGACUGAGAAUAAACUUCAGUGUAUUUCUAUAUUAUAGUGUUUUGGUAAUGUAUUUCUGCUUGACCCUACAUAACAGGCUGGUUAUUACCACAUCAAAACUCAAGUCCAUCCCUUUAACAUUUCACAGCAGGGUUACUGCAAGGUUUUCUGGUUUACUAGUUGUCUUUUGCUUUCUCAUUUGCAGAUGGGCAAAGGCCAGGCAAGUUCUUGUUCAUACUGGGGGAGACGAUCACAAUUCUCCCACAUACUGCAGUGAAUAGAAUUGAAGCCAGAAAUAAAGAUCUGCAGCAUCCUGGGAGAUGCAAAAUAAAAAUCAGGCAGUCUUUCCAAGUGUGUGUCCUGUCAAAACAUGCCAGGCAUUGAAGAAAUCCAAGAAUAAGACUUUAGAUCAGAAAUUGAAGAAACCAAAUGACAGCGGCCAAGUUCAAAGCAGAGGUUGAAGACAAAGUCUGGUGGUACUUUUCGAGUUUUUAGGACGCAUUUGGCUUCAGGACAAAGUAGGGAAGAAAAUUCAACAAUUUCCAGAGAAAAGCAGAAUGUUAAAGAAAAACAAAGUAUUAAUUUUUAAGUACUUUCUUAAUCUCAUUAAUUCAGCUUUUUUGAUUCUUGGACUUUUAUUCGUGGGAUUUGGUGCCUGCCUUUUAUUAGAUAGAAAUACUUUUUUAACAGCGUUGGAUGAAAACAAACAAUUCAUUAUAUAUAUUUCUCAAAUCUUGAUUGGAAUGGGAUCUGCUGUUGUUCUUCUUUGUCUGUUGGGUUAUUUGUCAAUUCACAUCAAAAUUGUAUGGCUCCUAAUUCUGUAUGCAGUAGUGUUGUCAUUGGCCUUUGGUGUCCAAGUUGUAUUUUCAGCACUCAUCUUCACAAAGAAAGAGGAGGUUCAACAACUAUGGCAUGACAAAAUGGAUUUAGUCAUUUCUGAGUAUGGAUCUAAAGAUAAGCCUGAAGACAUACCCAAGUGGACUAUUCUGAAUGCCUUACAGAAAACAUUACAGUGUUGUGGUCAACACAAUUACACAGAUUGGAUAAAGAAUAAGAAUAAAGAAACUUCAGACCAGGUUCCGUGUUCUUGCACAAAUUCUACAUUAAGAAAAUGGUUUUGUGAUGAGCCACUGAAUGCAACUUACCUGGAGGGUUGUGGAGGUAAAAUCAGCACAUGGUUUGAUGCUAAUGCUUUAACCUUCAUUGGAAUUAAUUUUGGACUUUUGACUUCAGAGGUUUUGCAAGUCUCAUUCAUUGUUGCUUUCCUCAGACACAAGAAUAGAGUUUAUGCAGAAACGUGACCUCUGGAUUUUAAUUUGACUAGAAGAAACCAGUUAAUUUUCAAAAUAAUCAUGUCAUAUUAUUUUACUCUAUUAUUGUUUGGAUACGUAUCCGUCAAAGGAUUAUAGACUAUGUUAAAGACUUUGUUCACAAUUGGUGGCUCUCUUGGGAGGAGAUAGAACCUUUAAGAGGUGAAGCUACUAAGAGGUUUUCUGGACACUGAAGGCAUGUCCUUGAAGUAGAUAUUCGAAUCCCAGCCUCUUCAUAUGGCAUUCUUUCAUGUCUCAGACACAAAAUGAACUUUACUACACCACGUGGUCCCCACCAAAGGCUAAAAAGUAAUGGGGCUAAUUGGUUAUGGACUAAAAUCUUUGAAACCAUGAGCUGAAAUGGAAUUUUUCUUAUAUUUUCUCAGGUAUUUGUCAUGGUAACAAAAAGCUAUAUUAUAUGUAAUAUGGAAUUAUUGAACAUGUAUAAUAAAAAUUAAUGAAAUUUUAAAAUUUUCCACAAAAUGAUAUUUUUGAUCAAUUUAUCAGAAAAAAUGGAUAAAUUUUUCUAUUUAGCACUUUAUCUUAUGUAAUGAAGUUUCACCAUAUAAUUUGCAUUUUUUUAUGUAGAAAAUAUACCUGUAUGGAGUUUGGAAAAAGUAUUUUUAACACGUAAGCAUUUGCAAAUCUUAAGAAAAAAACAGAUUUAUACAAGAAUGUAAAGAAAGAUUGAAAAUCCUCAUUAAAUCCUUAUUCUGAAUUAAUCGUUUAUUGUCCUUUUCAGAUAAUGCUUACAACUAGAUUAUAAACUUAACAUUAGAGAUAACGUGGUAAUAAUAUAAUAUUAAAAUAACUGAAUUUUAAAAUUCAAACUAAAAUUAUUUUUAACUAAUACAUAGAAACAUAAAAAUUGUACAUAUUAAUGCAAAGCUAAUGAUUGAUAGCAAUGGAAAUAGUGAAUUGUUAAUUAUAGCAAAAACAAUAUAUUCUAAAUGAUCACUGAA